AUGGACUGUGCCGACCGCCUUCUCAAAAAGUAUGCGCCCUUUGUGGGGUAUGCUGUGGCCACCUACAGUCACGAUGGCGACCAUGUGUACUCGUGUGGCAUUUCCGAGAAGUUGCAGAAACACUCGACCACAAACAGAGACGAGCUCAAGACGUUUGACUACGGCCCACGAGCUGAAGGAGGAAGAAAGCAGCUUCUGAAGACCAUUUCUGCCGGUCACCACGGCGUUGUGGCUGGUUGCGAUGAUGGUACUGUUUGUGGAUUCAACACAAACGGUGAACUUGUUUCGACACUGGUGCGAGCCCCUUCAGGUGUCACAAAGGUAUUGUUUUCUCCUGAUGGAGAUCUUGUGGCAGCCUCCAGCAAGGAUGACAAGAUUACCAUUGUCGACUGGGCGUCCAAGCGAAAGGUUUCCGAGGCAACUUUCGCCGGUCUGCAUCAGUUCAUCUGGAGUCUGGACUCAAAGAAUGUGUUUGUGUCUGCUGAUGAGGGCAUUGUUCAGGUAUCUGCUCGUGAUCUGACCAAUAAGACGCUCGCUGAUUUCGCUGCCACUCCCGGAAUGAUGGCAUGGUACCCCGACGGUUCUGUGCUUGCUGUUGCUCAAGCCAAACAGGUUGUCCUGCUUGAUUCCGAAGAUCUUUCCAAGAGAACCUCCUUCAACAUCCCCUCCAAGGUCACUGAAAUGCAAUUUUCCCCCUCCGGUACCUACAUUGCCAUUGCUUUUGGUCACAUUGUCGAAAUCUGGCGUCUGAAGGACUCCAAUAAGGUGGCCUUUGUUAAGAUGGACGCCAAAGCAAGCAGCGUCAACUGGCACCCGUCGCGAAACGAAAUGUUCAUCACCAACGAAAAAGGCGAGCUGUGUACGUGGCCCAACCCUGUUCCCAGCAAGUUUACUCUGCCCUUCGAGGGUGUUGCUCCUUUUGAUGAUGAUAUUGUUUCCGACAAGAACCACUACAUUGAGAUGGAGGAAACGCCUAUGUUUAAUGAUGUUCCCGAUACCCAGGAACUCGAUCUUGCCGAUACUCAGGAGAUAGACAUUCCUGAUACUCAGGUCAUGGACGAACCGCAGCUGAAUGGUAUCCCCAACAAGCAGCGAUCUUACACCGACGAACUACAAGAUACUCAGGUGCUGGAGGAUCCAGCUGAAAGUGACGAGGAAGAAGAACCUGUCAUUUCUCGAAAGCGAAAGUCCAAGGAGCCUGUGGAUGAUCCUCUGGCUGACACGCAGAUUGUGAAUGAUGAGCCUGACGCUUCGGAGAAGAAGCGAAAACGGGUUUCCAUGGACCCUUCUGUCGAUAGAAUGGAGAAGGAAAAGUCAAAGACCAAGCACAAGCCGCUGGAGGAGGAUGACGACAUUGAUCUGGCUGGAGAUAUGUUUGUGGAGGACGAUGAUGGAGCCGGAUAUGUGCCUGACUUAAGCCAUCGAGGCCUGGGACAGAACGAGUAUGGCAAUGGUCAUAUGGAGGAGGAGGAUGAUGGACACCAGGGAGGCUACGCUAUGGAGUUUGACGAAGUUCGAGCUAUUCAACCCGGUGCUACAGAGUUUAGAGGAACUAGACGAUACCUCCAUGCAUCUUACCUCGGUUACAUCUGGACUAUGAAGCAUGCCGAGAACCGAUACUCUGUCACCUCCUACUUCUUCGACACAGGUAUUCACAAGGGCUACCAUUUCACCGACCAUGUUGGAUACGACUUGGGCUGCAUGAGCAGACGAGCCACGUUUUAUGCGCGAACCUCUCCCCCUUCCAUCUUCAUGCGAUUCCACAGCAGCAUCAGUGAGAACUGGAGUCUAGACCUGGACGAGACUGAUCCCAUUCGAUGCAUUUCUGUCGGCAAGACCAAGUGUGUUGUUUGCACCGAGUCUGGCUUGAUUCUCACCUACUCCAUCUUUGGAGUUCCCCUUCGAGUUUAUCGAGAUGCUGGUGAACCUACUGUUGCCGUCACUGCUCAUACCGACACUUUCUUCAUGGUAAGACAGGACUCAUUCACCCACAAGCUCAACUUUGUGGUUGAAAACGGUGAGGGACACAUUUUCACCCGUGGCAAGCUCAGUUUACCCGUUGGAGCACAUAUCAAGUUCGUUUGUUUCACGCAGAACGGUGACCCUGUUGUGUUCGACUCGGACGGCAUCAUUCUUAUUCUCUCUCGAUGGAAGGAGGAGGGCCAGUACCGAUGGAUUCCUGCACUUGACACAGUGGCUAUGGCCAAGGAGCACGGUCGAGAAGAGACCUACUGGCCCAUCGGCAUUGAUUGUGAUUACAACUUCCAUUGUGUCAUUCUCAAGGGAGCUGCCACCCAGCCUCCUCAUCCUCUUCCUCUCACAACCGACUUCCCCAUCAAACCUGUGGGAGAGCCUCGCCAGCUCGAGUCGGACUAUCUAAAGAAGUCAGUCAUGGCCGAACUCGAGGAAGGUCGAGACGAGCCUGAGAACCUGGGCAAUCUCGAAAUAGAGGUCGAGAAGGCUCUGCUGCGUCUUCUUCAUGCCGCCUGCAAGUCCGAGUUCAAACUCAACAAGUGUCUGUACAUUUACCGACGGCUCAAGAACGAGGAGUGCAAGGAGGCUGCCGUGACCAUUGCUCUUCGAUGCAAGCGAACCAUUCUUGCCGAGAAGAUCAAUGAGUUGCGAGAGAAGGAUGAGGCUGCCAAGAACGGUAAGCGAGAUGACUGA